CACGACAAAUUACUGUGACUUUGCCUCGCCUUUGUCUAUCCUCCUCCCAUCUUCCCUGCCGAUGCUUCUUCGACCAACAACCAUCGCUCAUCGACCCUUACUCACACUCGCACUCGCAGCUUCUGCAUCUCUUAGACUCUCAUCUCCUCAAAUCGCCACUGGCUCCUUUGCCCUUGCCGCUCAGCAGCACAAUCACAAUCAGCAAUCUCCCCUUCAACUCAGCCCUUCGUCGCCACACAUCCGCAACUACAGUAUGGGAUCAAACGCUUCCACUGCCUCCAACUUUCCCAAGGGCAAGAGCGACACAGAGUGGCGCGCUCAGCUCAGCCCUGAGCAGUUCCGUGUACUGAGGCAAAAGGGUACUGAGCCUGGCUUCACGGGAAAGUACGAUUCGCACUACCCCAAAAAGGGCGUGUACACCUGUGCCGGCUGCGAUAGUCCAUUGUACACUGCUGAUUUGAAGUUCAAGAGUGGAUGUGGUUGGCCCGCCUUCUUCGAUGCUGUGCCUGGCGCGAUUGACCGACAUGUAGACCGGACUUUUGGGAUGAAGAGGACCGAGAUUACUUGCAAGGCCUGUGGUGGUCAUCUUGGACAUGUCUUUGAGGGAGAGGGAUUCAACAACCCCACUGACGAGCGCCACUGUGUCAAUUCGAUCUCGUUGAACUUUAGCGAGGACGACAAGAAGGCUUAGAGACAAGGUCGCUACGGC